AUGACUUCAGACUCUACCCCCUCCGCGGUUGUCCCGCAGACCCAGGUCACCCUCGGCUCCAAGGUCAUCGCAAUCACCGGAGCCAACCGAGGCAUCGGCCUCGGCAUCGCCGAAUGCUGCCUCGUCAACGGAGCCGCAAAGGUAUACUCAAUCGACAUUGGUGAAACUGGCGAUGACUUCGCCGCCCUGUCAAAGCGAUUCCCGGGUCAGCUAUUUGCUGUGAAUGCAAACGUCACACAAGAAGAAACAAUCACAGCAGCCGUCAACCAGAUCAUAGCCGAAGCCGGUGCAUUGCACGGCAUGGUCGUCAAUGCCGGCCGAACCCACCACAAAGCUGCUCUCGACUUUACCAAGGAAGAGAUCGAGAACCUGUUCAAUGUCAACCUCUUCGGGGCUUUUUAUACCGCACGGGCUGCUGCCCGUGCCUUUAUCAAGUUGGGAAUUAAGGGCUCUAUUGUUUUCACUGCUUCUAUGGCUUCUUACCGGCCUAACAAGCGUGUCCCCUCUACACCAUACGGUGCAUCCAAAGCCGGAAUCCGUAACAUGACACACACCCUCGCUAUGGAGUGGGCUCAGUACGGUAUCCGUGUUAACAGUGUCUCCCCAGGUCUGGUUAAUACCGCUAUGACUUACUGGGUGCCCCAGCAGCCGGACUGGGAGCAGCAGCUUAAGUAUUACGGAGGUUUUCCUCGUCUCGCCGAGGUGCAGGAGCUUGGUGGUGCUUAUGUUUAUCUCCUCAGUGAAGCUGCUAGCUACACCACUUCUAUUGAUAUCCCCGUUAACGGUGUUAUUGGCAUCUGUUGA